AUGGAGAACCUGCGCCAGCGUGCCCAGAGAGACGUCGAUGCCGCCAGGCUCUUCGCUGUGCAGGUGCCAGCCGUGCAGGUGCCAGCCGUGCAGGUGCCAUCCGUGCAGGUGCCACCCGUGCAGGUGCCAUCCGUGCAGGUGCCAUCCGUGCAGGUGCCAUCCGUGCAGGUGCCAUCCGUGCAGGUGCCAUCCGUGCAGGUGCCAUCCGUGCAGGUGCCAUCCGUGCAGGUGCCAUCCGUGCAGGUGCCAGCCGUGCAGGUGCCAUCCGUGCAGGUGCCAUCCGUGCAGGUGCCAGCCGUGCAGGAGCCAUCCGUGCAGGUGCCAUCCGUGCAGGUGCCAUCCGUGCAGGUGCCAUCCGUGCAGGUGCCAUCCGUGCAGGUGCCACCCGUGCAG